UAGAAUGAUGGGAAUCUUGUGUUCAGUAUCACUUGUUGAGUGCUUAUUCUCAUUAGGGAAUAGGGAAUCUUCAAGGGAUUGAGGUGAAACUGGAUGGAUGUUAUUUUUCCACACACAACUUGCCAGAACUGAAAACAAUAUUCAUUCAAAGGACAUUAUCUCCAUACUUUGGGCCCUUUAUCUUAAUUAAUGUGAGACUGCAUGUGAGUUGUAAGAAAUGCACAAACCUUGACCUGGUUUAUAUGACUACUGAAGGAAGAUGUAGUCGAACGAUCAAGGCAUGAGAAUUAAAAAUUUUCCAACUUGAAUCCAGUUAUUCAUGAUGAAUUGGAAGGAAAAUUCUGAAGGUAAUCUUUGCUCAGAGAAGUAGUUGCAUCACUUGGACUAAUUAGAUUGAUCUAUUGUUCCGUAUGAUGAGUUUGUGGACUAUUCUACAUUCACCAGUUUGUGUACUUUAAUUUAUUUUUGAAAAUAAUAUUGACUUCUGCAGUAUGACAACAAAGUCAGUUUAUCUGAAGUCGACCUGUGCUGGGUUUUUACUUGGCCUCUCUCUACCCGUUGUCAUAUAUCUUUUCUACCAAAGCAGUGAAAAUGAGAGAUUUCUUCUUCCUCGACCGUCUGUUGUGGAAGGCACCACAUCCGGACAAUCUUCCGUAAAGAAGACUUCCUCAGCAGUGACGCAGAAAGAUGAAUAUGAAGCCAGCAGCAUCUUUUCAAAAGGAGACGAUAAUUUGUUCAUGGCAGAGCAGGAGCGCAAGGUAUCCAUCAAGAAUCCUGCGGAUGGACUCACAAACUGUCCAAAAAACUCUGACAGGGCCACUGUCAGAAGGUUGAACUGUCGACAGAGACUGCCUAAUGUCAUAGGGCUUGGUGUGCAAAAGUGCGGAACAGGUGCCUUGGCAUUUUUCCUAGCAAGUCAUCCAAAUAUCGCUCACGCCAAACCAGCUGAGGUUCAUUUCUGGACAAAGUAUCCCGACCGAGGCCUUGGUUGGUAUAAAAAGCAGAUGCCCAUCUCCUCAAAGUACCAACUAACAAUGGAGAAAUCACCCAGCUAUUGGAGAGUUGAAGGUGUACCUCAGAUGAUGAAGCGCAAAAUGCCUCCAGAGACCAAGUUCAUUGUGGCCAUACGUGACCCAGUGAUCCGAGCAGUCUCUGGCUAUUUACAUGAGCUGCUAACAGGUACAGCAUCACGCUUCAUUGACCGCCCACUCCAGCCAGGUAAACCGGUAAAAGUUCACACAUUCUUGAAUGAUACUUUCGAAUCUACAGUCAUACGACCCGACGGUAAGCUCAUGUACUACAACUCCAUCAUCGACAACGGUAUCUACGUCAAGCGCUUCCAAGAUUGGUUGAGCGUAUUUCCCCGCGAUCACUUCCUUGUCGUGGACGGCAGCGAGUUGACGGCGAAUCCUUUGCCAGUUCUCCAAGAGGUUGAGGUGUUUCUCGGGCUUCCGAAGUAUUUUGAUGAAUCGAAGGUUUACUUCAAUGCAUCCAAGGGGUUUUAUUGCUUACAUGAUGAGAAGAAGGAAUGCAUGGGACAGGGGAAAGGGAGGAAGCAUCCCGAGAUGAGUGCUGAACUAGAGCAAAGAUUGAGAGAGUUUUAUCACCCGUAUAAUUUAGAGAUGGAAAAACUGGUUGGAAGAACAUUUUCAUGGGCGUGACAAACACUGAAAAAGACAUUCAUAAACACCCCACCCCCUCUCUCUCCUCUCACUUUAUUUUCUAUAAUCAUUCUUAUGUUUCAUUCUUGGUUUCCCUUUUUUUCAAGCCUUUGAGGCUUUUUGGGAUACCUUUUUCUUUCAUUAUUUUUUUUAAAAUCUCAAUGUUUCAUGAUUAUAUUUAUGUUCAAAAUAAUGUAUGAUAUUUGUAUGUUUUCACUUGUAUAUAUUAUUGAAAGAAAUAAAUGAGAUUAUUUCCACUCUCCCUCAAUCAAUGAAACUUUCCCUUUCACUUCUUACUCUCCCUCUACCUCCCCUCUCGAUCCUCUCUUGACCCCCCCCUCUCGAUCCCCUCUCCUACCUGCACCCUUCAUUGCCAAUCUCCCCCCUCCCCCUCUCUCUUAGACUUCUUGUAUUCAUGCACAAGUAUUAAAUUAUUUCAAUGCUGCAGGUGAUGUGUAUUGUGACCAGUCAAAUGCAGAGCCAUGCAAUAUAGAAGACCAAUGUUUGUUUUGUGAAGCAUUUAUGUUGUCGAUGAAAUUUGUUUACUGUAAGAUUUGCAAUAAAUAUAAGCAUACGAGAACCAUCUUCAAAUGAAAUCAUCGGGUGUGCUGUGCCAAUACGAACGAAAGUAAUUCUUUUUAUCAUCACAGCUAUAUAAUUUCAAGCAUUCCAUUUUACAUAAAAUAGAAUACAAAAUAAAUGAGUUUGUGACAUAUUUCGCUCAUCUACAUAAAGACCAUGAUGUGCAUGUAUGAAACUUAUUUUGCGAAAAUAGGCGAAUCUUGCAAUGUCAUAAUCUUUCUCAAGUUACUAUGUUUAUUAUAAUUCAGUAAUAAGACUAAAUAUUUAUAACUAGGAGUAAAUGUACUUAUGUAUUAAUAUUUUGAGGAUGAUGAUUAAAAGUCUCUGAUUUUCUUGGUAUAACCCUUUUUUUGCUAUUUUAAUGUUAACAAAUGAUGUAAUGUUGGAUUGUGCAAUGUUACUGAAGACAAAUGAUUUCCUUAUUGUUCAUUGUUUUAAUGAUAUUCUUUUAUGUGUGCUAUGAUUGUUUGAUUUUCAGCAUACUUAAACAUCUAAGGUCUGGUAUCUAUUUAGAUACUAAAUCACUGGCAAACUUUAAUGUAAAGGAAAUGCAGAAACAAUUCUUGUGUUGUUUCAUAGUGAUAUGUUUUUUCAAUCAAUGAAGUAUUCCUUCUACUCCACUUCUACUUGAUAUGACAAAGUUUUUAUGUACAGGAUUAGAUAUUUGAAAAAUAAAGUUUGAAAGACUGUACGAUUUGUGUUGGCAUUCAGUAUGUUAUUUGUCAUAGAUGGAAUACAUCAUUUUCAAAUUAACCCUGAAAAGACUCUGUUUGAAACUGAGAAAGUAAGCUUCCUUAUGAAAGAAAUGUAUAACAUAUGCAAAUCACAAUAAAAUGAUUUUUUUUUCAUGUGCAUUCAAAGUAAAUUAUCUUUCUUUAAUUUCAGUGUAUUGCAAAUAAUACAACAAUCACAUAAAAUCACAUUUCAUGCCUACUAACUUUAAAUGAAUUUAGUAAAUAAUUCAUAUCAAAGCUGCUCAAUUGAAUUACUUUGAAUACUUCUAAUUAUAAAUACUUAAGGUACUAUUAUGUACAAUCAAUUUACAAUAGCUAUGAAAUAAAUAUAAAUGCUUAAAGGUUAAGUCCAUGACUGUCCACCCCAGGAAAAUGUUUAUUUG